GCAACAGACAAAGCUGUCAAGCUUCUUCAACUUGUCACAAUUUGUUUAUAAACUUAAAAGACUGAGUAAUCUAAGGAAAUGGAUGUUAAAAAUUUGGAACCCUAUGCUAUAAUAGGAUUUGACGGUUCAGCAAUCAAAGGUCUAAAAAUCCACGCGGAUGGCCAACACAUCGUCUACCCAAUGGGCAAUAAAGUCUGCGUUCAGGACUGGAAGACGAAGAAGAUGUUCUUCCUUAGCGGUCACACGAACAGUGUGUCCACGGUAGCCGUGUCCCCUAAAGGCACGUACAUCGGCUCAGGGCAGAUCAACCAUAUCGGCUUCAAGGCAUCAGCUAAAUUGUGGGACUUUAAGAAGAGGACUUGUCUUGGCAGCCAUGAGUUACACAAGGUGCGCGUAGAAGCCCUAGCGUUCUCGUCGGACGAGCGCUACAUGGUGUCGCUGGGCGGGCGCGACGACGGCUGCGUGGUGCUGUGGGACUGCGGCGCCGGCUCGGCCACCGGCACCGCGCCCGCCGCGCGCCUCACCACCGGCGACGCCGUCACGCUCACGCCGCUCCACCGCAGGGCCAACUCCUUCGUCACCGGCGGGGACUCGAACCUCCGCGUGUGGAACAUCCGCGCGGAGAGCAAGGCGCUGGACGUGGUGGACGUGUCGCUGGGCAAGCUGCGGCGCUGCGUGCGCUGCGUCACCGUCAGCGCCGACGACGCGUACGGCUACGCCGGCACCACUUCAGGCGACAUGAUAAAGUUCUCGAUCAACUACCCGCCGGAGCCGACCGCGCCCGUCGCCAACAUCAAGCCGACGCUGCUGGGCUGCCUUGCCAAGUGCGGGCCCUGGCGGAAGGGGAAACGACCGGACUCCGUGUGCUACAGCCAAGGUAUAGAAUCUAUACUGAUAAUGUCGGACGGCUGUCUGAUCGUGGGUGCCGGAGACGGCACCGUGGACGUCCUGGAUGAGAUCAACUGGAAGGGUGAAUUUCCUAAAGGGAAGAUUUUAGAUCCUAACAGACCGCAUUUUAGAGCGCUCAAGACAACAAAGCUGGAAGGCAGCAUCACAUCGCUGGAGCUGCUGACGCCAGCGUCGGGCGCGCGACUGCUGCUGGCCGGCACGCGCUCCAGCGAGAUCUACGCCAUCGAGCUGGACUCCUUCGUGCCCACGCUCGUGGUCACCUGCCACCGCUGCGCCAUCAACGCCAUUGCCUUCCCGAGGGGCAUGUCGGGGGUGUUCGCGACGGCGGGCGGCGGCGACGUGCGCGUGUGGUGCGUGGACUCGGCGCAGGAGCUGCUGCGCAUCGUGGUGCCCAACUUCACGUGCGCCGCCGUACUGUUCUCCGCUGACGGCAAGUCCAUCGUCACCGGUUGGAACGACGGCAACAUCCGCGCGUUCACGCCGCUCACCGGCCGCCUCAUAUACUGCAUCUACAACACGCACAACAAGGGCACCUCCGCACUCGACAUGACCAAAGAUGGCCGCACCCUCAUAUCUGGGGGAUGUGAAGGACAGGUGCGCGUAUGGGACAUCCAGCCGCAGCAGCAGAACCUGAAGAAGGUGCUGAAGGAGCACAAGAGCCCCGUGUCCGCCAUCCAGGUGUCGCCCAACGACUGCGAGGCCGUCAGCGCGGGCACCGACGGCUCCUGCAUCAUAUGGGACCUGCUGUCGCUCUCGCGUCGGCAAGUGAUGUACGCAAACACGUUGUUCAUGUGCGUGUGCUUCGAGCCGCUGGGCUGCCAGCUGCUGACAGGCGGCACCGACCGCCGCGUGGCCUACUGGGAGGCAGGCAGCGGCAACCUGGCCAGAGAGUUGGAAGCCAGCAAGCAGGGCGCGAUCAAUGGCGUCCACAUCACACAGGACGGACGCCUCUUCGUGACCGGUGGCAACGAUCAGAUGGUCAAAUUGUGGAAGUACCAGGAGGGCAUAUACACGCACGUAGGGCUCGGUCACGCCGGCGCGGUGACGUGCGCGCGCUUCAGUCCCGACGCGCGCCGCGUCGUCAGCUGCUGCGCCGCCGGCUCCAUCAUCAUAUGGAACAUGCCGGAGGUGUACCUGCGAGACAGCCAGCAGUCCGGCGAGCAAUCCCUGCAGCAGCAGCUGCGUCUGCCGCUCGAGCACAGGCCGCGCGCGGGCGGGGACCGGCCCAACAAGCUUCCCGCCGCGCCUUCCAAGGUGGAAAAAAUCGAAUCGAUGGAUACGACGCGCAGCAGCGUGCACUCGUGCUGCCCGUGCGACGCUGCGCAGUCUAAGCGGUCCGACAAGUCCGACAAAUCCGACAAGUCCAACAAGUCCAACAAGUCCAACGGCCCCAACAGAAGCCCUCUGCAAACCGGCGCCGGCGUCAAGUGCUGCAAACCGCCUGAUAAUCUACCUACAAGGACUACAAGCAAGGAUUACAUAAAUAGCAACAGUGAUAAGAAGAAAUAGCGUGUCCUCAAGCCAAAAUCUACUUGUAUUCAUAUUAUUUAUUAUUUUUAUAACUAUUUAUAGUAAAAUAAAAAC